GGUCGGUCCGAGGGGUGUGUCUUUGGUUCCGCAAACACAAGAAGCCCGCCUCAAUGUAAACAAACGAAUCUGGAUUCCAUCGCCGGAUUAACGUCUCACCUUGACGAUGUCGACAAACCUUCUCUGUCCGACUCAGCCGGUCUACAGGAGGCUUACGUCCGUUUCUUUCUUUCUUUCUCUCUCUCUCUCUCCCUCUCCCGCUCUAUCCCCUAUCCUCUCUUCAACCCUUUCGUUGGUCCAUUAACUCGUCCACUGUCUGCCGUCCCUGUGACGUCGUCCUGUCAAACUGGGCACUUCCAGCUUCUACUUCGUCAUGUACUCUUCGUCAUGGCCGGGGCUGACGACCCGUCUGGUAUACAGUUGCUUCUGCCUAUAUCCCACUUCGCACUUGGUCGCCUUGACAGGGGUUUGGUUCAAAGGCGGGGUGAUGGUGAGUCAAGCCAGGGCAAUCUAGACAUCAUCAGCCGGCCCUUCUCAGAGGCUCGAUUCCAACCAACAUAUAUAUAUAUAUAUAUGUGUGUGUGUGUAUAUAUAUGA